AAAUGCUUCGACUCUUCUCUGUAUCUCCGCCCAAUCUCUUCGUUCAAUCUAUCAAAAACCCAGCAUUUCCUUUUCUAUUGGCAUCAAAGAAAUUGAAUACCAAUGUGAGAUUGCAGGUGAGGGGUUUCAGCGCCUCCUCUGGCUCUGAAUCCUCCAAGCUUUUGUUUCGUCAGCUCUUUGAGAAGGAAUCUUCCACGUUUACUUACUUGCUCGCCGAUGUCGCCCAUCCUGAAAAACCUGCUCUGUUGAUUGACCCAGUAGACAAAACAGUGGACAGAGACCUGACUCUUGUUAAGGAGUUGGGAUUGAAGCUCAUUUAUGCUAUGAAUACCCAUGUUCAUGCUGAUCAUGUCACAGGAACUGGCCUUAUCAAGGGUAAAGCUCCAGGGGUGAAAUCAAUUAUUUCAAAAGCAAGCAAUUCGAAAGCUGAUCUUCUGAUUGAACAUGGUGAUAAAAUAUACUUCGGCAAUCUUUUUCUGGAGGUCCGUGCUACACCAGGUCAUACAUUUGGUUGUGUUACUUAUGUUACUGGUGAUGGGCCUGAUCAGCCUCAACCUAGGAUGGCUUUCACUGGCGAUGCCUUAAUGAUACGUGGAUGUGGGAGGACAGAUUUUCAGGGUGGAAGCUCAAACCAGCUCUACAAUUCAGUUCAUUCACAGAUAUUCACUUUGCCCAAAGAUACGUUGGUUUAUCCUGCUCAUGACUACAGAGGAUUCACAGUUUCUACUGUGGGAGAGGAGAUGGUCUAUAAUCCUCGUCUAUCAAAGGAUGAGGAAACAUUCAAGAACAUCAUGGAAAAUUUGAAUCUCGCAUAUCCCAAGAUGAUAGAUGUGGCGGUCCCUGCCAAUAUGGUCUGUGGGUUGCAAGAUCUGAUAAAAAAACCAUCUGAGGCUGUGUCCAGCUAGACCUAACACCUAUGAAGAUUUGGGAGCUAGGUCCUCGGCAUCGCUGAUGAACACAUCUUUCACGUGGAUCCUGAGGUUAAGCAAUUGAACAGCAGAUGAACUGGCAAAAGCAGGGGCCAGAAGGGUAACUGCUUAUGCUGUUGCCUAUCCGUUGCAGACAAGAGCUAGAACUGUAAUUAGAUUUUCCUUAGGGUGGUUCGGUUUUCUAGUU